AUCAAGAAAUAAAUCCAUCACCUCGAGAUCUACUGCCGACGCCGCCGACGAAGCUCAGCUCUUACCUCCCCAAUUUGAUCUUUCUCGACCAUCAUCGAUUCUCGUAUGCACAAUAUCCUGAGCUAAAUCUCGAGCUUUAGUUCAAUGGCCGGGGGACCGUCUUCAUUUGGGGGCGUAAACCCUAACGCCGUACGAUUGGUGUUUGCGGUGAUGGCGCUGGGCUUGGGGGCUUACAUCGUAGGACCGCCGCUGUACUGGCACUUAGUGGAAGCUCUGGGACGAGCUUCCUCCUACUCGUCUUGCUCACCAUGUAACUGCGACUGCUCCUCUCAGCCUCUCCUUGCUCUUCCGGAAGAAUUGGCCAAUUUCACGCUAACAGAUUGCGCCAAACGGGACCCGGAUGUGAAUGAGGUAAUGGAAAAGGAUUUCACAGAUCUUCUUGCUGAAGAACUCAAACUGAAGGAAGCCGAGGCAAUUGAUACUCAGCAGCGCGCUGAUGUAACUUUACUUGAAGCCAAGAAACUGGCAUCCCAAUAUCAAAAAGAGGCUGAUAAAUGCAAUUCAGGGAUGGAUACUUGCGAGGAAGCGCGGGAAAGAGCUGAGUUUACCCUAUCAGAACAAAAGAAACUGACUGCAAUUUGGGAAGCAAGGGCACGCCAAAGAGGAUGGAAACCAAAAUCUCGUUCUUGAACAAGGAAUCAGUCAGUUAUAGCCAAUUUUCCUCCUCGAAGAGGAUGCUACCUAGUAGGAGUAAUUAUUACGCCCAGACACCGAACGUAUCCAGAGACCAAUAAAAAAAUAGAAUACCGAGUGAUACGGUGAUACUGAGCGCAGUAUCACUCAGUAUGCUCGGUAUUCUGUCUGAACGUAAUAAUUAUUCCAGAGUAGGAGGGGUUAUUGGGGUUGUUUGAUGGGAAGUAUUGUAUCAUCCAUUUCACAUCUGUUAGGCAGAAAUAGACAUUAAGGUUGUAUUUGAGAUGAUUUUUUUAUUACUUAUUGAAGCAGUUUUUAAGUAUAAAGAUUAAAAUUUUUAACUAAAAAA